AUGGAGACGAGCAGUAAAGCUCGAAUGAGUAGCGGCGAAAUAAGCAUGGCGGAAAACCUGCAAAAACAGAGUGAUUUCAUCAUACACGUCCAUGGAGAUGACAAGGUUUCAAAAUCCCCAAUCUCAGAUACUCAAAAUCCCCAAAAUUUCCAGCGUUUAGCUGAUUCGCCUCCUAAAAUAUCCAAUCCGUCGACGCCCACGGCCGCAAAAUCACCUGAAAUUGCACGGAUUGGCCCAAGCUCCAACAAACCCCCCAAAAUCCCCAAAUCCGAAACCCUAACUCGGAGAAAAUCGUUCUCGAGGUCGGUUUACUCAAAGCCCAAGUCCAGAUUCGGCGAACAGUCUGUACCAAUCGAUGGCAGGCUGCCCGAAGAAAAUCGGCUGUCGGCUGAGGGGAAUGUGAUGUCCAGCCGGAGCUCGCCACGUGGUGAAUCAAACAGGGCUAUGCCCGUAACCCCCAAAACGCCAUUGAUAACCAUCGGAGGAGUUGAUGAGGAUGAGGAAAUAUAUAAAAAGGUUAGCAGCAGAAAGAAACUCAAAUACAGAAAAGUGAAAGCUAAGGUUCUGAUCGAGUGGUUGCUGUUCUUGUGUAUUCUCGGCUGUUUGAUAGCGGCAUCGACUGUUGACAGGUUGCAGAAGCUAACGGCUUGGGGUUUGCAGCUCUGGAAAUGGUGCUUGCUCGUUUUGGUCACAUUUAGUGGCUUGCUUGUUUCUGAGUGGCUGAUCAGUUUGGUUGUCUUGUUGAUUGAGCUGAACUUUCUGCUGAAGAAGAAAGUGCUGUAUUUCGUGUACGGACUGAAAGAUAGCGUACGAGCCUUUAUUUGGUUUGCACUGGUACUUAUUACCUGGGUUUUGCUGUUCCAAGAAAGGGUAAAAAGGUCACACCGGGCGAACCAAAUUUUGGACUUCAUAACCUGGACGCUUGUUUCAAUGCUUGUUGGUGCCUUCUUAUGGCUGUUGAAGACAUUGCUGCUGAAAAUUCUAGCGUCCUCUUUUCACGUGAACACUUUCUUUGACCGGAUUCAGGAGUCAAUUUUCCACCAGUACAUAUUGUUUACGCUUUCGGGACCUCCGGUUAUGGAGUCAGCUCAAAUGCUGGGGAAAACGAGCAGUAACGUGAGUCAGUUUAGCUUCCGCGUGAAGAAGAAGGAUAAAGAGGGAAAAGAAAAGAAGGAGAAAGAUGUGAUUGAUAUGAACAAGCUUCACCGGAUGAAGCAUGAGAAGGUUUCUGCGUGGACUAUGAAGAUGUUGGUUGAUGUGAUAUCUAAUUCGGGCCUCACCACGCUUUCGAAUGCGAUUGAUGAGAGUGCUUAUUAUGGAGGUAAUGAGCAAACGGAUAAGGAGAUCACUAAUGAGGAGGAGGCAAUUGCUGCUGCAUAUCACAUUUUCAGAAAUGUGGCCCAGCCUGGUUGCACGUACCUUGAUGAAUAUGACUUCAGGAGGUUCAUGAUUAAAGAAGAGGUCGAUUAUGUAUUUCCUAUGAUUGAUGCUGCUGAGACUGGACAGAUUGACAGGAAAGCUUUAACGGAGUGGGUGGUGAAGGUUUAUAACGGCCGCAAGGCACUAGCUCAUGCACUGAACGACACCAAAACAGCCGUAAAGCAACUGAACAAACUUGUUACGGUACUAUUGAUCAUCAUUAUUGUAGUCGUGUGGCUUCUCUUAACGGGAAUAGCAACAACCAAAGUGCUCGUGUUCCUCUCGUCACAGCUCGUUUUAGCUGUUUUUAUGUUUGGGAACACUUGCAAGACUAUCUUUGAAGCUAUUAUCUUUGUAUUCGUAAUGCACCCAUUUGAUGUCGGUGAUCGUUGUGUGGUUGAUGGCAUUCAGAUGAUUGUGGAGGAGAUGAAUAUCCUGACUACUGUCUUUUUGAGAUAUGAUAAUGAGAAAAUCUUUUACCCGAAUUCGGUUUUGGCGACGAAACCAAUAAGCAAUUUCUACAGAAGCCCGGAUAUGGGUGAUUCGCUUGAGUUCGGCAUUGAUUUCAGGACGCCACUGGAGAAAAUCGGGGCUUUGAAGGAGAAAAUUAAAAGGCAACUAUUCACUUUUCUUUCCCUCUUUAUUACCACAAGAAGAAAAAAGAAAAUAGUUGUCAGGGAGUACUUGGAGAAAAAUCCGCAGCAUUGGCACCCUAAUCACAAUGUGGUUGUGAAGGAGAUCGAGAACGUGAACAAGAUUAAGAUGGCUCUCUUUUUCAACCACACAAUGAACUUUCAGGACUUUGCCGAGAAGAACAGGCGCAAAACCGAACUAGUCCUGGAGAUGAAAAAGAUUUUUGAAGAGCUUAAUAUAAAAUACGAUCUUCUUCCUCAGGAAGUCCGUCUUGUCGAUUCAAAAAUGGCAGCAGGUACCCACAAAUGA